AUAGUUUUUCAUCAACCAUGAUCCUAGUGUUUGUCGCAGAAAGCUUUCAUACCGAUCUAGAUUAAUCUAGUUUAGCACCUGAUUGAACGGAUGCAUCGAUACAUAGAUUCUCAACACAUCAACCCCCUUAGUUUUUUCUUAUCACUUCCAAAAAGGAUCAAGUGUGGCCAAGUGGCCCUGUCUAGCGAAUGAAAUCACCUUCUGUUGCAACAAGUCUUAGAAAACCAUGUAGGAGUUCCAAGCAGCUGUUAUCAAAAGCCACAUGCCAAAUUUAGGUCCUACUCUGUAAUCUUUAUUAUAUUUGGUGAUGUUCAAUGCCUGAGGCACACAAGUCCAGGUUUUGGGGUAUGGGCUCUUUUCAAAUUCAAAUUACCAGCAGGGUAGCUGUGUUGGACUAAAAUUACUUAAAAGAGAGGCAUUGAAGAGGGAGAACAAUGGAGAUAGCGAGAACUCAUUGAAAUAACAGCGCAAGAACUUUAAAUUAACAUAAAGAAACUGAGGGGCAGCAUUGAAGUAUGUGGUGCCCGGGAAGAGAGAGAGAGAGAUGUCUAUAAUGAGAACAAAUAGGCCAUACGACUAGGCUGGGGGCAUUUAAGUCUUCCCCAUAACUCCCCUGCAUUUGUUAUUUUGGAGGCUUUCUAACCUGCAGCAGCCCCUCCCAAAUGCUUCUUUUCCAGGUCCUAUCCUCACUUUAAAGGAUGCCAAACUCCCCUCUCUGUCCUUCCUACAGAGCCCCACCCCCAAGGAAACAAACACCUCAAGGCCACACCAUCAAGGAGAAAACAGGGAAUAGAGAGAAGGGAAGAAGACACAGGAGUGAGAGAAUUUAUCACAACAAAGAGAGCAGUUUGCCAGUAACCCAAACUACUACUCUGGUAUGGCAAGGGACCUCCCUCCAUAUGAGCAACUAGCAGCAGAAGAGGAGUACAUAGAUAUGGACGUCAGCUCUGCUGCCUUCUGGUGCUACAACGUAACUUCUCCUCCACAUUCAAGAGAAUUUGAGUUCCAGAUGUCUGCCCCACUUGAGAGAGAGCCCAUCACCUCCCCUGCUGAUGAGCUCUUCUACAAAGGGAAGCUCCUCCCCCUCCACCUCCCGCCGCGCUUGCAGAUGGUCCAAAAGCUCCUCCGGAGCUCCAACCUACCUGCCUAUGGAGAAAACCUGGAAUCCUUCGAGGAGGGUUUCAUCACCACCAACAACAACAACACCAAGACUGCCACCACCACCCCAUUUGAGUCCUGCAACGUCUCGCCUGCUGCUUCUUGUUAUGUAAGCGGAGAGCUCGAUGCAGAGGACUACUACUUCGACUGCUCUGCAGAGCUCGUCCAGUCCCACCCAAAGAAGUCUUGGUCUAAGAAGCUCAAGUUCAUCAGGCAGUCCUCCCUGAGUCUCAAGCUGAAGGCUUCAAAAGCUUACUUCAAGUCUCUCUUCACCAAAUCCGGAUGUUCGGACGAGAAAUGCGCGGUCCCUGAAGUUAAAGAAUGCUCAAGUGGCUACCUGAAGUCGGGGAAAAGGAAUCCAUCUGGGCAAAUCCGAAGGGAAAGAAAUGCAGCGGUACGUAACCAUGCUGCUACAACCAUAAAGAGCCUCGACGGAGAGAAGAUGAAAGAAGAGGAUUGCUGUCGCCACAGGAGGUCUUUCUCAGGUGCCAUUAAGCGGCAUUCUUCAACCAAAUCCUCCUCUGUUUCCUCAUCAGGCUCUUCUUCCAACUCUUCAUCCUUUUCAAGCGUGAAUUCAAGUGGUCUCCACGGGGCAGCAAUGCUGAAGAGGAGCAGCAGUGUGAAUUCGGACAUGGAGAACUCGAUCCAAGGAGCAAUUGCUUAUUGUAAGAAGUCCCAACAGCUGGUUUCAGCAAGAAAGAGCGUAAGUGAUGUUGGAUUUUGUUCCUUGACUGCUUCUAGGAUGGCAGCAGAUUGCGAGACAGAAGAGAAGCCAGGGCUUUGCAGGGGAUGAUGAGAAAUUCUCUAGAAAAAAAAAAGAUGAUGUCAUUUCUCUGGAUAUUUGUAUUUUGCAGGACUUUGAGUAUGCUGUAGUCCAGUAGAAAUGACUUAGAAGCCUAUCUAUGGUACUGUAUGCUCGACGGAAGCCCAGUUUAAUCCAAUACAUCUUGUUACUUCACAAGUUUUUCUGAAAGAGAAUUAAUAUCUGAACACAUUGCUGUUAGCAUGUUGGGUAGACUAAAAGAUCUGCACUUCAUCGAUAUCUCAGUUCUCAAGCACGAUAUUUAUGUAGUUAAACUCUUCCCUUCUA